UACAAGAAGAGAGCGUUAAUGAUAUUCUUAUCAUCAGGGAAUACAAAUUCUAAACCUCUCACUUAAAACUCCAUGAAUUCAAGAUGGUAAACUUUUUGUGCCUACAGAGACCAGCGUCAAAUAGAAGCAGAAACAGGCACAGAAGCAGAAACAGGCAUAGAAUCGAUGAUGAAGUACAUGGAGAACUAAGCUCCGUAUCAGAAGUACACAACAAGAGUUCAGUAGUGAGGAUCGUUCUCGCCAGUGGAUUGGUUGAAGUCUAUGACACUGCGGUCACAGCUCGACAUGUCAUCAAGAAGUAUCCAGGUUUGUGUCUCGCUCGUCCAGAGGUGUUCAAGAUGCCGCACAAAUCGCUCGUUGGUCCAAAAGAGAUACUGUCUCCGGGACAGAAGUUUUACUUAGUGCCUGCGACGACUAUGGAGAAGUUAAAGAGGAAAUGCCUGGUAAUGACUAGUGAAAUAUCGGAAGGAGUUGAUGUAGGGGUGAAGGAUAAGAGAGAAGGUGAGGAGACUGUGUGCUCAGCGAAAGAUGUUUAUGCGUUAAGAGAUGAAUGGAGUGAGUGUUCCCUGCAGAGGUUAGAGAAGCAAGAUGAGAAGAAGUGCUUUGAUCCGCCAAUAAAAAAGGCCACCAGGAUGAGGAAGGGUGUGCUCGAUGGAUGGAAGCCUACACUGCCGUCUGUAGAGGAGAUAUCUCCUUAGAGUUGAAUCUAUGGGAGCCUACACUGCCAUCUGUAGAGGAGAUAUCCCCUUUGAGUUGUAUCUAAUGUUUUCGCUUCAUUGCAUUAAUGAUGCAUAAAAAAAAUGUCCAUUUUCUAAUUAUUGUACUUGGACAUUUGUGGU